AUGCAAAACCGUGAAUACGAUUAUUUAUUCAAAUUUGUAAUAAUAGGAAAUUCUAAUGUAGGAAAAUCAUCUAUAUUAAUGAGAUUUUCAGAUGAUUAAUUUAACGAGUCAUACUUGACAACAAUAGGGGUAGAUUUCCGUUUUAAAACUUUAAAUAUAGAUUAGAAGUUAAUAAAGCUUUAAAUAUGGGAUACUGCAGGUUAAGAAAGAUUCAGGACAAUAACAAAUGCAUAUUAUAAAGGAGCUGACGUAAUUGUAUUAGUUUAUGAUAUUUCUAAUAAUGAGUCUUUCUAGGAUAUAGAAAAGUUUUGGCUUAAGGAAGUUGAAAAUUAUGCUGAAAAAGAUGUUGAGUUGAUUCUAUUAGGUAAUAAAUGCGAUUUAGAUGCUUAAAGGACUAUAGACACUAUUUAAGUAUAGGAAUAUGCGGAAAAAAAAGGAAUGGAAUUUUAUGAGACUUCCGCAAAAACAAAUGAGAGUAUAGAAAAAGCCUUUGUUAACAUCGGAAAGAAAUUAAUAGCUAAAAAAAUUGCAAUAAUGGAGGCCAAAAAAGCAAAGAAAAGGGCUUAAAGAAAUAAAAAAAAUGGUGUUGAUAAUAGUAUAUGUACUGAUGUUGAUAAUUAGGCUAUUUAAGAAAAAGAAAAUGAAAAAGAUGAUAGUCAAAGCAAUUAUUAAAAUAAGGUUCAUUUAAGUUAAAAAAAUAAUAAUGAUGAUUAAAAUGCAAAGAAAAAAUAUAAUUUUAAUAUGGAGAAUUGCUAUUGUAUAUGA